CGUGGCUAUGGAGAGAGAGUGAUAGAGAGAGACAUGUUCCGGUCCUCCAGCCAUUACGCUUCCUGUUUUCACAGAGGCGUAGGACGAAAACAGAAGUAUUAUCUGUAAACAGUUUGAUUUUGUCCCCCUGUUGAAGACGUAACGGAGAUUUCUGACAGGAUGGAUGCUUCAGCUCGAGCGCAAACCUUUCAGCAGAAAAAGAAGAACCCCGGGAAGAAAAAGCAGCAGGUCUACAGUGGGGACAUAGUGUUCACCAAGAAUGGAUCCCUUCAGACCAUACCCGCCCUCAACAAACGGCUGAAAGCUAUCACAGAUCCAGUUAUCCCAGUCAUCGGUCUACACUAUGUAUGGGAGUAUCGCAGCCCCAGCCAGUCAGUAGCUCCUCAUUACCAGUGUAGGCUAUGUAAGGUGCAGCGACUGCAGAAUGAGAUGGUCGCUCAUAUUACUGGAUGGAGGCAUUGCUUCAAAUACUUGAAACAUGCUCAUCUAGAAAAAAUGCCUCAUGGAGAAGAGGAAGCAGCCAAGAGCCCAGCUAUCAAAAAGGAAAUAAGAGUAAUUGCUGCUGAGGUGGAGAAUGCUGAGGGCAGAGGACGAAUCAAGAUUGUCUUUAGGGAACCUGGUGAUGUGUUAGCCUUUCAGCACAUGAAGUCUGCAUUUCCUAGUGUAAUGAGACAGGGUCCUACAAGUCUGCUUGGACCAAUUCCUGGAGAUUUUCACGAAGGUAGACAUUUUGGUGGUGGUUUAUCGGACUCACCCUUUGCAGAUGAGUUCACACCUCGGGGUGGCAUGAUGUCUGAUUUUCGUGGCGGUCCGGGUGAUGCCCCCAUGAGGAGCCCUGACCGCUACGGACCAGACAGAAUGAUGGGAGGUUCAGAGAGCAUGCAGUGUUUAUCCAACAGCAGAUCCAUGCACAUGGGCUCAGAUGGAUUUGGAAUGGGUCCACGAAGCGAGGACAUGGGCAGAGCUUACUCUGAUGAUCUGCUGACUAAUAGCGGCGAAAGAAUGAUGAGAUCUAAAGGCCCGGAGUCCAACAACACCCUCGCAACACUUCUCAGAUGUCUGGACACAUUCCGCAUUGAGUGUGAAGAUGAUGCUCAGAUCGUGCUGAAGAUCACACAGAAGCUCACGGAUGUCUUGAUGGAAUACCGCCUCAGGAGUAUCUCCUCGGUAACAAACGCAACUGGAGUACUUGGGGGACCUAGUAUGAAUUCUUCCCGCCUGCCACUGAGCCCCGACAGAUUCUCCGGCAGUAUGUCAGGCCCUUCAAGAUUCUAUAACUGAGCAGCCCACAUGAUCCUGUCCAACUUAUUCUUAAUGUGGCAACUGUUUUAAUGUAUUUCAGUAUGAACCUUUUUCCUUUAAUAUUUUAAGUUGAGGACUAAAUGACUUGCUCUUUGCAGUACGUGUUUAAAAUAAAUCAGGAUUGAUCUGACUAGUGAUUUGUCAAUCUUAAUGAUUGUUGGUGCAGUUCUAGAAAUGUUUUGUACACUGAUUUCAAUAAAGUAAUAAAAAAAAAUUA